CUUCUCCACUCUCUUAACAACUUCCAAGUUCCAAUCUUUUCUUCUCUUUUCCUUCGUCUCACUUUCCCAGCCCCGCAAGCAACUCGACAUCAAAAGAAUGAGCAACAACUAGGCCCCUCUCUUUUGUGGGGGGACGAGAGAGAGAGAUAGAUAGAAAGAGAGAGAAAAGCAUGCUUUGUCGGCCAUAUCAGCUUCACCCCAGAGUUCUUUGCCUGCUCUUUCCAUCCCCCUAAAGAUCCUUUCCACUCAUCAUCAUUCCACUCACCACACCAAUACUUAUACUGGUUCACACCAAGUUCACCUUUUCCCUUUCCUUUUCCUCUCCUUCUACGUUUGAUGGUUUUCCUUUCCACCGUUAAAUAAAUUUGCACUUUAUCUGUCCUCCACCAAAAGGGGUUGGGAUUCCUGUGCUGAAUAUCUUGGCUGACUGAUCGGAGAUCCCAUACUUUCUGUGCGAAAAGGCAAUCUGGGUAUAUUCUACUUUUGUCUGGAGAUUCAUGAAUUCCACAGUCCUAGCGUUUCCCUCUCAGGGAGUUGAUCCCAAUUGUUGGAGAUGCUUUUUCUAUUAUCUCUUAUUUGAUGAGUAACGGUAUUAUGGUCGGCUUUGAUAGGUCUCUUUAAAAUUAAGAUGUCUGGGAAUUUCAAUAAAAGGAGAGUGUUGGCAGACAGGUGGUCCGGUAUUCUACUAUUGUUCACUUUACUUCUUCGCACUUCAGAGGGAUUGAACACAGAGGGGCAGUACCUGCUUGAGCUGAAGAGUAGUCUUCAUGAUGAAUCUAAUCAUUUGGCGAAUUGGAAGUCUACUGAUGAAACACCUUGUGGAUGGACGGGUGUAAAUUGCACUUAUGACUAUAAUCCAGUGGUCCGGUCCAUCGAUUUGAGUUCCAUGAAUCUUUCUGGAACUCUAAAUCCCAGCAUUGGAGGUCUGACGCAUCUAACUUAUCUCAAUCUUGCCGACAACGGGCUGAUAGGAAAUGUACCCAGUGAAAUCGGAAAUUGCUCGAAAUUGGAAUUUCUUUUUUUGAACAAUAACCGAUUCAGGGGACCAAUUCCUGCUGAACUGGGUAGGCUGUCCCUUUUGAGAAGUUUGAAUAUUUGCAACAACAUAUUCUCAGGUUCUCUGCCAGAGGAACUGGGAAACUUGUCUUCACUGGUUGAGCUUGUAUUCUACACAAACAAUCUGACUGGUCCCCUGCCUCAUUCUAUUGGAAAUCUAAAGAGUCUCACUACUUUAAGAGGUGGAGGAAAUAGAUUGUCUGGUAGCUUGCCAAGUGAGAUCGGUGGAUGUACGAGCAUGGAAUUUCUAGGCCUUGCUCAAAAUCUGAUAGGAGGAGAACUACCGACAGAGAUCGGGAUGCUUCAGAACUUAAGAGAACUGCUUUUAUGGAAUAACCAGUUAUCAGGGCUAAUUCCUAAGGAGAUUGGGAAUUGUACCAGCCUUGAAACCCUUGCUUUAUAUGGAAAUGCUCUUGUUGGACCUAUACCUGAGGAGAUUGGGAAUCUCAAGUCUCUGGGGAGAUUGUACCUUUACAGAAAUAAGUUGAAUGGAACCAUUCCAAGGACAAUUGGGAAUCUUUCUCUGGCAUUAGAAAUUGAUUUCUCAGAAAACUCUUUGGUGGGUGAUAUUCCUUCUGAGAUCAGCAAAAUAAGUGGUCUCCACUUGCUCUUUCUCUUUGAGAACGAGCUAUCGGGUGUUAUACCCAGUGAGUUUAGUAGCUUGACGAACCUGACAAGGCUGGACCUGUCCAUUAAUAAUCUCACAGGUCCCGUUCCAUUGGGGUUCCAGUAUUUGACUCGAAUGUCUCAGUUGCAACUUAAUGACAACUCUCUAAGUGGAAAUAUUCCUCAGAGCCUUGGACUUUAUAGUCCUCUUUGGGUGGUUGAUUUUUCUAACAAUCACUUGACGGGAAUGAUACCUCCUCAUCUGUGCCGGAAUUCUAACUUGAUGCUGUUGAGUCUGGCUUCUAAUCGGCUGUAUGGAAAUAUACCAACUGGCAUCCUGAAUUGUGAAACAUUGGCAAUGCUACUGUUGGUUGGAAAUAGUCUUACUGGUGGCUUUCCUACACAACUGUGCAAACUAGUGAACCUUACUGCCAUUGAGCUGAACCAGAACAGGUUCAGUGGUCCUAUUUCUCCCGAGAUUGAGAGGUGCCAGAAGUUGCAGAGGCUUCAUAUUGCUAACAACUACUUCACAUUAGAGUUGCCUAAAGAAAUAGGAAAUCUUUCUCAACUAGUGACCUUCAACGUUUCGUCCAAUUCUUUCACUGGAACAAUUCCCCAUGAAAUUCUUAGAUGCAAGAAGCUUCAGCGACUUGAUCUCAGCAGUAACAGCUUUACUGGUUCCCUACCAGAUGAGCUCGGAACACUCUCGCAGUUGGAGCUUCUCAAGCUCUCAGAUAAUAAGCUUACAGGGCAUAUUCCUCCAACGUUAGGUAAUCUACUUCGUUUGACUGCAUUGGAGAUGGGUGGCAAUUUACUUUCGGGAGAAAUACCUCCUGAUCUGGGUAAUCUCACAAGCUUACAGAUUGCAUUGAAUCUCAGUUACAAUAACCUUACUGGAAGUAUACCUGAUGAGCUUGGCAAUCUCUUUAAGCUUGAGUUUCUCCUUCUCAAUAACAAUAAACUGAGUGGUGAAAUUCCCAGCACAUUCGAAAACCUUCCAAGUUUGUUGGGCUGUAAUUUCUCACACAACAAUCUUUCUGGGCCUAUACCUUCCAUUCCAAUAUUUGAAAAUAUGGAAGUUAGCAGCUUUGUUGGUAACAAUGGCCUCUGUGGUGCUCCUCUGCUUGGCUGCAACACUAAUCCAUCUUCUCUUUCUGAUCCUCCUACGAAAAAUGUUAAUGCUUCUCGCACCAAGAUUAUCACCAUUAUUGCCACAGUGGUUGGUGGCGUUUCUCUCGUUCUAAUAGUAUUCAUUUUAUAUUUAAUGAGACGUCCUCCUGAGCCUAUUUCUUCAUUGAGGGAUUCGGAGAUUCCCUCCCCAGAUUCAGAUAUAUAUUUUCCUCCAAAAGAUGGCUUCACCUUCCAUGAUCUACUUGAAGCUACAAACAGCUUUCAUGACAGUUAUGUUAUUGGAAGAGGGGCUUGUGGAACAGUUUAUAAGGCAGUAAUGCCAUCUGGGAAGACUAUUGCUGUUAAAAGGCUAGCAUCCAACAGGGAAGGGAACAACAUCGAGAAUAGUUUCCGGGCUGAGAUAUUAACUCUUGGGAAGAUAAGGCAUCGAAAUAUAGUGAAGUUGUAUGGAUUUUGCUACCACCAAGGUAGCAAUCUCCUACUAUAUGAGUACAUGGCAAGGGGUAGCCUAGGGGAGCAACUUCAUGGGUUUGGAUGUAAUUUGGAAUGGCCAACUCGGUUCAUGAUUGCUCUUGGAGCUGCAGAGGGUCUUGCCUACUUGCAUCAUGACUGCAAACCAAAGAUCAUUCACCGUGAUAUAAAAUCAAAUAACAUUCUACUUGAUGAAAACUUUGAGGCCCAUGUGGGUGAUUUUGGUUUGGCAAAGGUUAUUGACAUGCCUCAAUCAAAGUCAAUGUCAGCAGUUGCUGGAUCAUAUGGUUAUAUUGCUCCUGAGUAUGCAUACACCAUGAAGGUCACUGAGAAGUGUGACAUCUAUAGCUAUGGAGUUGUGCUGUUGGAGUUGCUAACCGGAAGAACGCCGGUUCAGCCGCUAGAGCAAGGAGGCGAUCUGGUGACAUGGGUCAAAAGCUAUAUUCGGAGCCAUAACAACACCCUGUCCUCUGGUAUGCUUGACAAUCGUCUCAAUAUCCAAGGCCAAACCACUGUGAACCACAUGCUCACCGUUCUCAAAAUUGCUUUGCUCUGCACAAACAUGAAUCCCACUGAUCGCCCACCCAUGCGCCAAGUCGUGUUGAUGCUUAUGGAAUCCAACGAGAGAGAAGGAAACUUGGCCAUUUCUCCAUCUCGAUACGAGGACCUCGCUUCCAAAGAAGAUGAUGAGCAAAAGAGUACGUGAGGUAAUUGAACUUUUGUCUUUCGACUUUAUUAACAAAAGAUGAUUCUUUUUCUGCUGCUCAGCUCAUAAUUGUUGUUGGCAAAACCAGAGAAAAUAGAAGAUAUAAUUCUUGUACAUUCUUUUGUUUAGAGUAUAUAUAAUGGUCGGUUGCCAAGACUAGUGCGGUUUCACUUUGCAGUAGCCAUUUUUAUAAUUUGUUAUUUUCACGUCAUGUAAUUUUCUUCUGGAAAUUCAGUACAGUAACAUUGUAUUUCUGUACAGUUUGCAAUACCAUUAUUGGACCUGUUGUAUUUUGGAUUA